UUUUAAAACAUUAAAAGCAACAUUAUGACUGAUUUCAAUCGUUUAUUCACGUCACAAGUCAUCGGCAGUGUUGCGGAUAUUCCUACACCAGGUGCUGUCAACAUGGACAUUGACGACACUCAAACCCAACGUAAUAAACCUCGAUCCGCCUAUGAUUUCGAUAGCAUUCCGCGAGUCAUUGAUGAGACGGGUUUGGCAGUUAGAGAAGCCUUCGAAAAGUUUUUGGAAAUUUUUCAGUAUCCUGCAGAAGAGGCUAUUGUAUCUCAAACUGCAACUUCCUCAAAGUGGGCUAGAUUCCCUUAUAUGCUACAGCUCGAGAAUUUUAAUUUAGCUGAUAUUAGUACACUUUUUGUUGAUUUUGCUCAUGUGAAAUCAGCCGAUAAAGCUUUAGCAGAAGCUAUCAGCACUCAAUACUAUCGUUUCUUGCCAUUUCUACGUACUGCUGUAGCUAAUGUUGUGAGCAGACAUUUCCCUGACACGGUUUUCGUCAAUGAACCUCAGCUCAACUCUGUCGAAAUGAAGAAAGCUAGAGAAUUUAUUGUUGCUUUUUAUGGCAUGGAUGAAGUGCUUAGAGUUCGUCAAUUGAAAACAGACAAAAUUGGCCAUCUAGCGAGUAUUAGUGGUACUGUCACCCGUACAACAGAAGUUCGCCCCGAAUUACUUUACGCCUCUUUCACUUGUAACGAAUGCGGCAAAAUUGUAAACGACGUUGAGCAGGAAUUCAGAUAUACAGAACCCAUCAUGUGCCAAACACCUAGUUGUUACAACCGCAAAAGUUGGACAUUGAACGUUGAGCAAUCAAAGUUUGUCGAUUGGCAAAGAAUCAGAGUUCAGGAAAAUGCCAACGAAAUUCCGACGGGUAGCAUGCCGAGAACUAUAGACGUCAUUGUUCGUAAUGAAAUGGUCGAAAGAGCAAAGGCUGGUGAUAAGUGUAUUUUUACGGGUACCUUGAUUGUUGUGCCAGAUGUAUCUGCUUUCAGAUCACCUGGUACAUCUGUCGAAACUCAGAGAGACGUUACCAAUCGUGUCACUGAAGGUGUUGGUAAUGAGGGUGUUACAGGUCUGAAAGCAUUGGGUGUCCGCGAUCUGACCUAUAAGCUCUCCUUCUUGGCCUGUAUGGUUCAACCAGCUAACCUGCUAAGUGCUAAGGGUACUAACCUUCACGGUGAAAAUAUAGAGGAAGAGACACAGAAAGAAUUCUUUUCAGCUAUGACACCACAGGCUAUGAAAGAUCUCGAAGAAAUGGUCAAACAGAAAAAUUUGUAUAAUCACUUGGUCAACAGUAUAGCACCAUCUGUGUUUGGACAUGACACGAUCAAAAAAGGUGUCCUUUUACAAUUGUUGGGCGGUGUUCACAAGCAGACACCCGAAGGGAUCAACCUUCGUGGUGAUAUCAACGUCUGUAUUGUCGGUGAUCCAUCUACCAGCAAAUCUCAAUUCUUAAAAUACGUUUGCAGUAUUAUGCCCAGAGCAGUUUAUACAUCUGGUAAAGCUUCCAGUGCUGCUGGUUUGACUGCCUCAGUUAUAAAAGAUGAAGAGACCGGUGAAUUUUCCAUUGAAGCUGGUGCUCUUAUGUUGGCUGAUAAUGGUAUUUGUGCCAUUGAUGAGUUUGAUAAGAUGGAUAUCAAAGAUCAGGUAGCUAUUCACGAAGCAAUGGAGCAGCAAACCAUUUCCAUCGCCAAGGCCGGUAUACAAGCAAGCUUAAAUGCACGUACCAGUAUUCUCGCCGCUGCCAAUCCUGUAGGUGGACGUUAUAACAAAAAAUUAACCUUAAGACAAAAUAUCAACAUGUCUGCGCCCAUCAUGUCACGUUUCGAUUUAUUUUUUGUCGUUUUGGAUGAAUGUAACGAAAUUACUGAUUACAACAUUGGUAAACAUAUUGUGAAGAUUCAUCAACUGAGAGACGAAUUUAUGACACCCAAAUUCAGCACUGAGCAAAUUCAAAAUUAUAUCCGUUAUGCUAGAACAUUUAAACCUAAGAUGACACCAGAAGCAGCAACAAAACUCGCAGAAUGUUACAGAGAUUUAAGACAAGGCGAUGCUCAAGGUGUCACGAAGAACUCAUAUCGUAUUACAGUCAGACAGUUAGAAAGUAUGAUUCGUUUAUCAGAAGCCAUUGCUAGAGUUCAUUGUAAAGAAGAGAUCACAGAGCCAUUCGUGUUGGAAGCAUUCAGUUUACUGCAAAAAUCUAUCAUUCGUGUAGAGCAAGAUAACGUUGAGAUUGAAGAUCUUUUGGAUGAUGGAGAAACUGAUGAAGUUAUGUCUAGCGCGGAAGCUCUCAACGGCAUGUCACUGAAUGAUACAGAGCAAACAGGUAAUGAUCCUGUCGCGCCUCGUGGAAAAAUCGCUAUCACAUACGAAAAGUUCGAACGAAUCAAGCUUCUACUCGCACAUAAGAUUAGACAGCACGAAGCUGAUCAAGGGGAAGGCAUGCGUUUGGAUGAACUUGUUAUGUGGUAUCUGGAAGAAAUUGAAAAUACCCUAACACCUGCAGAGAUUGACCAUGAAAUGACAGUGGUUAAAAAGAUUGUCAAGAAAUUACUGAAGACUGAGGAAACGUUGAUGGUUCUUCGUCAAGAGGGCGAAGAUGAAGAUACAGAUAACCCUCUCUUAAUCCUACAUCCUAACUGUGUAUUGGAAGAUGAAGAAUAGAUAACUAUGCAAAAUGUCAGCAAAUCAUUAAUUUAUCGAAUAAUCCCUACCUAAUUUCUACUUUUCUACCAUGCUCAUGACUAUCAUAUUACCACUGCAGCUUUUAUCAUUACCUGAGUAUUAAUAAAACCUAUCUGUAAAUAUUUA